GCAGACGCUGUGCGGGUUUAGUGCGCAUGCGUAGCCCCAGCUAGUAGCCGCGGGUACAGACAGCGCCCGGCACUCACUCACUCACCGGAGCAGUCACUCACUGACGGUCUUACUGCUUCUUCACACCCGCUCAGCUGCCAUGGUGGACUAUCACGCGACCCCUGGGGUCCCCAAGCCCAUGGGAAUUAUAGGCCCCGAUGGCCGAUACAUGGAGCAGGAGGACGACUGGGACCGGGACCUGCUGCUCGACCCGGCCUGGGAGAAACAGCAACGGAAGGUAAAUAUAUAAAUAUAAUAAUAAUAAUAAUAAUAUACACAGAGACCCGGCCUGGGAGAAACAGCAACGGAAUGUAAAUAUAUAUAAUAAUAAUAAUAAUAACCUUAAUAAUAUCAUAAUAAUAUACACAGAGACCUAGCCUGGGAGAAACGGCAACGGAAUGUAAAUAUAUAAUAAUAAUAUAAUAUAAUAAUAAUAAUAAUAAUAUACACAGAGACCCUGCCUGGGAGAAAUGGCAAAGGAAUGUAAAUAUAUAUAAUAUAAUAUAAUAAUAUCAUAUACACAGAGGCCUGGGAGAAACAGCAAAGGAAGGUAAAUAUAUAAUAUAAUAAUAUACACACAGAGACUCUGCCUGGGAGAAAUGGCAACGGAAGGUAAUAUAUAUAAUAAUAAUAAUAAUAAUAUACAGAGACCCGGCCUGUGAGAAACGGCAAUGGAAUGUAAAUAUAUAUAAUAUAAUAAUAUAAUAUACACAGAGACCCGGCCUGGGAAAAACCGCAACGGAAGGUAAUAUAUAAAUAUAAUAACAAUAUACAUAGAGACCCGGCCUGGGAGAAACCGCAACGGAAGGUUAAUAUAAUAUACAUAGACCCGGCCUGGGAGAAACAGCAAUGGAAGUUAAUUGUAUAAUAAUAAUAAAUAUACAUAGAGACCCGGCCUUGGAGCAACCGCAAUACAAGGUAAUAACAUCUAAUAUAUACAAACUACAAAAAAGGCUAAUAUUGUAUAAACAAGUGUAUAUAUUGUAUUGAGAGAGGACCAGGUAACAUUCAUGUAGAGACCAGUCCUGUGAGCAGCAGGAAAUAUAGCUCUAUCUCUCUGAGGUAGUUUGUAAAUGGGGCUUAUUUGUUGCAAUAAUCUGAGGUAGUUUGUUUAUGGGGCAUUUAUUAGCCCCAUAAAUAUGUUUGUGUCCAUACAUAGAGCCAGGGAACAUGCAUAUAUUAUGGAGUCCAAGGAGAAACCACAGAGGAAGGCAACAUAUAUUCCCCAUACAUAGACUAUCGCGAGUCAAUUUUUCAUUGACGGAAGCGCAAAUGUAUAAUUUACAGUUAUACAGUGGUCGGAUGUGGAUUUUUCUUUAAAAGGAUCAUUGGGUUUCUUUGGCGUAACCAUAUUGUGCGUAAAACGUCUGCUUUGGGGUUUUUUUGUUGGGGAGGAAUCUGCAUAAUUUCUGUAGCGCUAAAUUAAUUGUAAAUAUUAUUCUAUAGUGCCCUGGUAAAACACUACAUGAAUUAUAUAUAUUAAUCUAUAUGGCCCGGCUAACACACUAAAUAAGUUAUACAUAUUCUAUAGAGCCCUGGUAACACACUAAAUAAGUUCUAGAUAUGCCAAAUGAGUUUUACAUAUGACUCUCUAUAGAGCCCAGCUAAUGCAAAAUGAGGCCAUGCAAUGUUAGUGUAGGGUCUCUAUGGAUCAGACUGUUAUGGCUGUAGGACCAUGGUCCUUAACAGGAUAUAGGAAACCACAAGCUGUAAAUAUGCAAGCCAAUUUUUAGAUUCUCUUCCAAAUGUCAGCCAUUCAGAUUAAUAUCUGUUAACAUCCUGUUUGUAGGAUACUAUUUUCAGAAGUUUAUUGGUUUGCUAAAUGAGUUAGCAUUCAUUUGAUUAAUCCCCUCCUACAAAGAAUGUUGCAUGCAUUCCAUGUUCCAAUGUAUGAUGUAUGUUCUAUCUGGUACAUGCAUUUUCCGGGACUCCACUCUCUAACUUUACCUUUUGUAUUCAGCACAGCAGUAACCUUUCCUGUAUUCUGUUCCUCUGAAGUCCACAUGACUUUGCACCUAUAUUUUUGUCAUUUUAUUCCUGUUAUGGUCACUGGGCGUAUUUUUCAAGCAGGACAAUACACAAAUGGAGAUUUACAAGGUAGAGCAGAAGUAGUUUCCUGGUCUGUACAAGCCAUUUGCAGAGCUGCAUGGUUUUCUGGAUUCCAUUUAUCUAGUUGUAUACCUUAUACAGGCAUUGCUCUAUUGCCUUUCUGUUGCUAGCCACAAGUGCAAGACUGUGCAAAUUUAGUAUGGGUAUCACAACCUAAAACUUAAGUUCAGACUUAGGUCAGUGAUUUUAUUUAGGAGCACAAGUUUCCAAUUGCUGCUAUGAAGGAUGGCCUAUUACAUGGCAAUAAUUGUCUCUGUUUAAAAGUUAUUGAUCAUUGAAUGCAGGUGGCCCUUCUGUGGACACAUGCAUAGCAUAUCUAUCAACUGAGCAUCUACUUCUACUGUCCUUUGGGCGCUUUGCUCACAGCUGGAAUGGCAGUAGCUGUGUGUUGCCUGUUAUAUCCCCAAUAAAGAUUUAUAUUUUUGACAUGCAUUGCUUAGAAUCUUAGGAUAUUGUAUAGUGAGAACGUACUUUCUAUUGUAAAACUUUGCUCAGUUACUAUAAAAUCAUGAUCUUUGUGCACUGUAACACUGCUUUCAUCCUCAGUAGGUUUUCAUUAAGCUCACAGCCUCAUCGCAUUCAUUCACCAACAUAUAUGGAGUGGCUGCGAGACCUUAGCAAUGACUACAAGGGGGAAAAAAAACUCAUUAGACCAACUGGCAUAGACUAAUGCACUCACAUGAGGCAAACACGGCUGGAUUAAUGUGACCAUCAAAUCCUGGCUUGUAGUCACCAUAAUUAGAGGAUAUGAGAACAGGAGUUACAUCAGGUUUGCUAUUAACCACUUCUAUAAAGCCAUGUUCCUGUUUUGUAGAUAGCUGGUACAUGUAACGGUUUUUAUUUUAUUCAUUUUUUUGUGGCCUUUGAGAUCUCAAAAAUCAGAAACAAUGCAAUGGCAAAUAAUGUGAGAUGACAUUUGUGUACCAAAUCAGGUGUGCUUCGCCAUGUCAAUGGGUGCGUUUAGAGUUCUUGUGGUUUGUACAAGUAAUGACACUUGUAAGCCAGUUACAUAUACUAAUAGGUGUAAAGAUCAUAUCUGAUGGUUGCCAUCUAUAAACUCCUUCCUUCUUGCAGCAUCUCAAAUGUUGCUCAUGGUUUGCAGCUCUUGUCUGAUUGCUUUACAUUCUGUGUGUGCCAAUGGCAUCAAAGCCUUUUAGCUAACAUGUCUGCACUUUUCACAUGACUUUAUGGAAUUCAUUUUAUGUAGGGCAAUACACAUAGUUUAUGUGAUUUGUCCUGUCAAAACCUACGAGGAGCCUUUUAAUAUCUGGUUUGAUAAGUGGCUGAUGGCUUUUCUAUAAGGUUCUAGUUGCACUUUUCUCCUGGGAUGUCGGCUAGUGAUAUUUAAUUCCCUAGCAAGAAAACCUCAGCUCAAUACACUUCCUUCUAGUUUCUCAGUCCAGCUGUUAUUCUGGACUUUCUGGCAGGUCCCUGUUUGUGUAGCAUUAGAUGAAUGGAAUGCUCGCUGUUGCCUGGAAAAUUCUCAGAUAUUUUCCAGCUUUCUGUCUGAUGGGUGUGUGAUGCUAAGGAGUCAUACUCAUUCACUGAGAGGUGUAGUAGCAAUGUGCCGGUAUCGCUGGGUGUGGUGACACAUCCCUCUUCCAUUGAAGUAGUCUCUUGUGACAUUGAAAUGUUGUAUAUUAGUAACACUUGGCUUUUAAAAUCCUUCAGCCACGUAAUGAUCUGAAAAUACAAAGCAUCUGUCUGAAUCAAACUGCAUUGGUUCCCAAUCCUGGCCUGAAACCUGUAUAUUAGGUCUUCCUCAAUAACAAUUCCAAAAGUCAGAACUUAAGUCUUCUGCCCCAUUCACCACGCUGUACAUGAAAUGAUUCAGCAGAGUCUGUCAUCCUCCUCUGCGUGUAAGUGGUUGAUUUUGUUUUGUCUGCUCUGAAUAAUCAAAGGAGGUUCCUCCCAUUAAAAACAGUCUUUUAUAGCCUUUUAAGAAGACCCUGUCAAAUUAGACCUGCCUGUUUUAAUUGGUGCCCGAUAUGAAUUGAUUUCAUUUUCGGCAACUAUCUCUACAACAGCGACCUGGAGAAUUCUUCUUGAAAGCGGAAGAAGGAUCCGCCAUGGAAGACUGUAUAUGUUUCCUCAGUAGGAGACACAGAACGAAGCGGUAUUGCUGCCAUGGCCCCUGGCGUGAUUUUUAAUAACUUGACGUUAUUUCAAUGACUGUUGUCUCCAUGUUCUGUGAAAGCGGAUCUGGGGUGCAGAAAUAGAACCUGUAUUUUGUGUUCUGCUUUUUAAAGGAACUGCAAGUUCUGCUAAGACCAGACUUUGUGGUUAAUGUGUGAGCAAUAACUUUCUGCUGCAUCUUGCUUCCACAAAGCAUAGUACUUCUAUUGCUGCAACUGCUCCCAGAUUUUCCUGAGUGAAGUUAAACUAUUAGCUGUGAGCCUCGAAACCUUUCCAAUUCCCCUGGCUAGGGACGCUCUCACAGAGCCUGAAUAGCCUCUUUUAUAGAGCUCUCUGAGGAAGCACAGUUGCCUUUUUAUGGCAGACAAUAAGCAGCUCUAAGUAGGCCGUCCUGUGUUCAGGUGCUGGGCAGACCUGGAGAUCAGGUUUAUCAGGAUGCCACAUGGACCAGCAAUGUGCGGGCUUUUUGUUAACAGUGCACUGGCUUUAACCCAUUCAGUGGCAGUUGCAAACUAUCUCCCCCUUAAAUGUAGGGUCCCUUGAGGAUUCCUUGUGGCAGUCUGUGGAUUGUGCCCUGUUUUCCAGAAUAAUAGAAUGCAGAAAGGGAUUUAUAUAUCUCCAUGCUUACUCUGCUUUCUUUUGUCCUCUUCAUAUACUUUGCAUUCUGUGUUCAUGCCACAUGCAGUUAGCAGAGUAUUUAGUAUAAAAAUUUUAAAAUGCAUGUUCCAGGGUCGUCUUAGUGGCGGCUGCUGUCAGUGCAGUGGAAUUGUACUUUUAACCUUGCAGCCGAGUAAUCAUUAACUGUUUCUGUAAUGUUAUGUCAGGAGAGAAAAGGUUAAGUAUGUCUUUGUUUGCUGAGUUGUGCAAGGGUGGUUUUAACUCUUGACUGACCAAGUGAACGGGUGAGGCCCUUGAAAUGCUCAGGAAAGACAGGUAAAUGUGAACACUUUUGGAUGCACGAUUCACAUCAUGGUUAUAAAGUGUCUGCAGCACUCCAAUAGUUUAAAUGGAGUUUAUGCAAGCUCUUUAAUCGUGGCUGGAUAGAAACACUUAGAUUUAUUCACUGAAGUGACUUUUUAUUUUUAUUUUUUUGACACUUCAGAGUGAAUUAAAAGCUAAACUGGAAGGAAAAUGAUAUGGAGGUGUUGUUUUUUUUUGUUUGUUUGUUUUUCCCCUUCCAAUGUUUUAAAGUUCACUUUAAAUUCCUGGAAUUCUCAGUUUAGUGAAUAAUCCUGUGAGUGUUGAACAUUGACAACUAUGCAUUAGUGAAUAAACUUUGCGGAGUCCUGGUAACCGUUAUUUCAUUUACAGUCACUGGAUGGGUGUUAAUGGCUGUUACUAGUGACUGGACUCACAAUUCCCAUUCACUCCCUCCUGGUCAGUGGCUUCCCGGCCUUUAUAUUCCUGAAACCUUCUCUUUUAUUUUGAAUCCACUUAUCAUGCUGUCUAGUAGAGGUAGUUUAUUAACCCAUUUCUUGCCUCAAACAAGUGGUUCUAUUGCCAAAUGUUUGUAACUGUUACACUGCUCCUAUAGACCUGUUCUUGCUCUCUUUGCUAAGUAUUUUAUUAUGAAGUGCUAAGGCCCAACCUGCAGGCUUCUCAUUAACAUUGCAUAUGGCCAAACCUGUCCCCUCUGCAUCGUGACUUCCUGUGUUUUGUGGUGUGCUGUCAUCACACCUCCUUCCUGGCCUGGUGAUUUUUUUUUUUUUUUUUCUCUCACUCUCUCUCUAGAUCCUACAUCUCUCUCGACUUGAUAGCACAGUGAUAUUGUCACUGACUUUGAACCACAGGUUCGAAUCCCGACCCCAGUAAGUGCCCGUGGGCUAGACACCUAAUGAUCUAUAUCUAUACACACACACACACACACACACUCGCUCACUCUGCUCACCUCAAUAAUAUGAGCGCAACACGAACGAAGAAUCAUGACGGCUCGGACGUCACCCGGAUUAACAAGGUCCAUGUCAGAUGCUAGGGAACCAGGGCAAUCUGACAAGUGGGCUACUGGACACUGAGAGAGAACCUAGACCUGCUUAAAUGCUACUACAACAACAGACCCAAUGAGAGGCUACAUGAAACGUAUGUGGAAGCUAUGGAUGAAUAAGAGACCAUCAUCUACCCCAACACUAAAACAGCUGGUUACACAACGUUUGAACAUCUUCAAGAGAAAUCUAGUGUCACAACUGGAAACUAAUGGACUACAGAAAAAAAACAACCAUACACCACGAGGAGGAAGAAAUUCCCAUACCGACAUUCUUACCUGCAGAGAAUUGUCAACCUCAAUCCAUACCCCAAGAUGGCAUAACAGAUAUAAGGGAAAUGAUCGUAGAAAAACUUGCAGUCGUUAACCUGCAACCACCAGACAGCAUACUAGCUGAAGUUAAUGAAGCAUUGUACACAAUCCCAUCCUGAACAGGCUCAUAUAUGCCACAGCACUAGUGAUCCUCCAGCUACUUGACUCAAAGAGAAGCAAUGCCCACCAUGGAGACUACGACUGGAAGCCAAGAAAAAAAAAAAACACAGAAGGAAGUUGGUAAGCUGAAUUAAUUUAACAGAGGUGGAAAAAUCAAAGCUACUUCCUGGCUGCUGCGGAAGUACAAGGAUAUGCCCAUUCUGGAGGCGCUGGAAACCGUUAAGCAAAGACUGACAGCACUGGCAACCAGACUGAGCAGAGGCGAAGAGAAUAAAUGCCCUCUUUACCAAAGAACCAUCCAAGAUAUAUGCACAGCUACAGGGUAACCACCGCUGAGACUGAACAGUACUGGAAGAAUAUCUGGGAGCAAGAAGCAUCUCAUAACACUGAGGCCCAGUGGCUUCUAGACCUGAAAGCGGACCACUGCAUGCUGCCAGAACAAGUCAUCAUCACAGUCGAAGAUAUCAAACAGAGAGCAGCACACAUGAAGAGCUGGUCAGCACCAUGGUCCACAACUACUGGAUAAAGAAGUUAACAGUGCUGCAUGAAUGCCUAGGACAAAUGAACCAGCUACUAGCAACAGGCUCCCACCCUGACUGGUUAACACAAGACAGAAUAAUACUGGUCAUGGAGGACCCUCACAAGGGAAGAGCACCAUCCAACUACCGACCAAUAACCUGCCUCCCCACAACAUGGAAACUCAUGUCAGGCAUCAAAGCCUCCAAGAUCCAAGGGCAUAUGAGUUAAUAUAUGAGCAAUACUGAGAAGGGGAUUGGAAACCACACUAGAGGAUCAAAACGCCAACUUCUGGUAGACCAAGCAGUCACAAGGGAUUCUAAGAUCAGACGGACCAAUCUGUGUAUGGCCUGGAUUGACUCCAAGAAAGCCUAUGGCACAAUGCCACACACAUGGAUACUGGAAUGCUUGGCUCUAGACAAGGUCAACAAGACAAUAGGAGCCUUCAUCAUGAACUCUAUGGGCAAAUGGAAAAUAACUCUAGUAGCCAAUUCCAGGACAAUAACUCAAGUGAACAUCAAAUGUGGCAUAUACCAAGGUGAUGCGCUAUCCCCAAUGAUGUUCUGCAUAGGCUGCAACCACCUUAGCCAGAUCAUCAUUAAUAGUGGAUACGGAUACAGGUUCAAGAGUGGAGCUACCAGCAGCCACCUUCUCUACCUGGACAUCAAGCUGCAUGCCAAGAAUGAGCGAGACAUUGACUCACUGACCCACCCAACUAUUAUUAUUAUUUUUUUUUUCACCCCAUAGGAUUAAUAGUAGACCUGGCGCUGUGAAACCUGGACAGCCAGCCAUGUGUCUAUUAAGCUGUAGCAAUAGAAAGCCAAGAUGGGCAAUUGAGUGGUUUUAAAAGAACACUACUUUGGGAAAAUAAAAAUCACUGAGUAGAUAUACUCAAAAAGAAAACAUGUAUGCAAUUAAUUAUGCAUUUUACGUUGAGGUUAUAUCUAAAGCAGCUUGUAAAAAGCUGCAAAACUGCUGUCUGCAUCCUUCGCAGGCCCUUCCCUCCUUCUCCAGCCUGUACUUUAUCGUCUCAUUGAGAAGCCUCUGUUCUGAAGUUGAAAUCGUCUACAUGCCAUGGUAGAAGGCAGACAUGCUGUAGCCCAGGGUACCUGCAGCUUCCGUUAGCUUGACAGAGCAAACAUGUGGUAAAAAACUUUCAUAGCUCUGAGUGAGUGGCAGCCAGUGAGGUGUUUUGCUGUUUGUAACAAUGCAACUUCUAGCCCUUUUUAUAAACUGUCCCAAAUCUGACAGCUUCCAGACACUUAACUGCUAGCUAGUCCUUUUAACCGGUUACUCAAACGUCCAUGACCACUUCUUCUUUUUGAUGUGGUCACGCAGGAAGAAAUCUGGAUGUGCAGUGUUUCUGCAUAGCACAUGUGACUUUGGCAGGCCGGCACUCCAAAUGUCAAUUCUGUGCUUCUUCUUUUACCUGUGUGCAUAUUUUAAUCUGGCAACAAGCAUUCUGAUUCUUCCCUUGCAAGCUUGUUUCUGUCCUCCACACCUCCCUUCCCACCCCCUCCUCUCGCCGCUGAGUCUGUAAGCCUGCAAAACUAUCCUACUCUAUUAAAAAGCUUUUUGAUUGGACCUUGAUGUGGCUGCUGUCACAAGAGGGCCCGGUGCUGCUUUUCAGGUUAAACUUUAUUUUCAAACACUCUCCCUGACAUUUGGGGGUCAUAGGACAUUAAAACAAAUAUAUUUAAUAUGGAUAGACUGACCCCUAAUAUUUGCACAUUGCAGCAACAGGUGGCAUGGCUGGUGUGAUUUUAUUUUUAUUUUUUUUUCCCUCCCUUUCUGCUCAGCCUGUAUUUACAGGGUUUCAAUACUGGUGAAAGCUGGCUCGCUGUUGCUGGCCUGGAAUUCCAGCUAUGUAUGUUCUUUAAAACAGCCCAGUAGAAAUGUCUGAGCCCUUUGGAUGUUUUCUCAGGCCAGGGCUGUAAAUCCAGUCAGAUUCACUGAACUUGCCUUAUUUGCCCUUCCCUCCACGCAUAGUUUGUCUUAGUAUAGUUUUUAUCCUAGUUAAACUACUAGCAGCAAACAUCCUUUACUAAUUGUUUGUGUUCCCCAGUCUGGCUGCUGUGCUUUGCUCUGUCAGGAUGUGUUGAUUCUUUGCUGCUUGCUAUUGCUGUGGGUGUAAAUUGUUGUUUGCUCCAACUUGUGGCUGGACAGAAGCCAGGCAAUAAACACAAGAUGUAUUAUGAAGACUAAAUUCGUUUGUGCUGGUUUUAUUUUUUGUGUGCCAGGGAUCUGUGUAUGAAGUAGUCUGUGUGCUUUAAGUCCUAUCUAAAGGAUUCCUUCCAUCUAAUCGCAGUGUCUGGACAGCUUAAUUCUCUUAGCAAACCAAAAGGUAGACUUUGUGGUUCCCUUCUGCUGUGUUCAUCCCACACUGGUUUAUUUGUUAAAUUACACCAUCAUAAAGGCCACAAGACCUGUCUCUUAACACACCCUCGGGAUUAUUCAAUAAACUCCAGAUUGUGCAGCGUUAAAUCUGAAUGAUACAUUUAGGAAAAAACAGUCAAGCCGUGACUCAAGCUGGUUUUGGAAAUUCCUCUAUCUGCCAUUUUUGCCUUAAUUUUAUACUUUGGAUUGAAUUUGCUAAAAUCAUAGUGAACAAUCCUGCAAGUCUGUUGUCCAGUUCUUUGUGGCAGUAGGGUUAAAGACUGUGCUUGUAUUGCUAUCAUCCCUCUAAUAUCUGCAAACAGCCCCAAAUAAAAGCAAUUCCUAUACCUCCUGAUAAUGCAAGGAAACUGACACUGCACAUGGGUUGGUGAGUGCUAUGGAGGGGCACCUACUGGUUCCAGUCUACACAGUUCUCGCUGGGCAACCAUGUCUAAAAUGUUGCCAAUAAUCUGCAUUUUAUUGCCAUUGAAUGACUUCCAUCUUUCAGCAUUCUUUCCUAAUUAAAUAGCACCUUUUUAUUAUUCCAGGCUCUGUUGGAUAUUUCCGCUUGCCAACUGACCUGUAAUGAGGACAUUGCACAAACUAACAAUGGGAGUGUUAUACACAUGGAUUGGGCUACUAAGAUUUCCUCCCCAUAUGUCAAUUGGUGUGUGUGUGUGUGUGUAUAAACACAGGAGAACUGUAAAGACCUGUUAUUUUGGUCCUUGUGAGUGGUGUAAAUUGGUGGGUAUGUGGGUAGGUAGCAGGCCUGGACAUUGUUAUACACUAGCGUAUUGCUCAGUUUAUAAACUUGCUAUCUUGUAGCAGAUAACCUCUGUAAAUUUCAGUUGCAGGCAGAGGUUUAGAUUCUUUGGGGAACACUGAAUGGAUUUUUGAACCGUCUUUGCCAGCUUUCUGACAGUCUGUUCCCAGCAUCCCUUUAUCAUGUGAUGCUCUUCAGAAAUGUUCCUCUUUAUGACCCUGGUCAGGGAGGAGUGGUGUCUGACACAGCCCCCUGCAGCUUUCUAACAAUGAACUGCUCUUAAUCAGGUUGAAGUGGGGGCAGGGAGUGCAAUACUGUUUACACCAACUUUGGGCUGGGUGCCUGUUCCAGCCUUGCCAAUUGCUUGAGUCUAUAGUGGGGUGUGGCAAGGAGUGUUUUCAGUGCACAGCCAGUUUGUUUGGUAAUCUAGCUGGCUCAUCGCAAUGUACUUGGUUACCAUGUCAGAUCUCCCAAUAUGGGAUACAUUGGUUUCCUGUACUAUGUCUCUAUGACUCCCUAAACCAGACACACUUUGAUUUAAUGUCUUGUAUGCGUCUUAUAUGGGUUGCAUAUCCAUUCUCCCACUGAUCCUCACACUGGCCAAACUAAUAAACAAAGGAACUUCUUAGGGACACAUAAGAUAAACAUUUAUUUUUGUAAAUGCGUUUUAAGAUUUUCAUAAGACACAAACCAAUGGAAUAGAAAGUGGCUUGCAGAUUCAUAGUUCUGAUUAAUGCGUUGAAGCUAAUUCGAUCUAGUAUGAGAAAAGUAGUAUAUUUCUCAGAAUAAUUGCAACUGAAUGUAGAUGGUAUAGAUGUAGUCUCAAGCAUACAGCUGAUCAGUCCAGGAAAGUGCUUGGAUUAACCAAUACCUCUUGAAGGGAUGGAUAGCUCAGUAGGCUGUUUCCAUGUCUCAUGCUCAUAGCCUCUAUCUGGAUAUAAAGAAAUCGAUACCAGCAACUGAUUUACUGGAGGCAUGUUUACUGUCUGCCAGUGACCAGUUUUUAAUUUGGUCAUAGUGUGGGCUAAACUUAUGCUUUCUUAUGGAAUUCAGUCUAGAGUUGGCUCAGUGCCUGCAGUUUGCCAGAUUUUGGUAAAAUUCUGGUAGCUGGUCCUAUUUGUACUGGGAUAACCUUUGCCAUCACAGGAGGUUGCAGGGACCUGACUAAAACUUUUAUACUUUAGAUUGUGUGGCUGCUUUACAACCUCAGAUGUCCUUUAGGCCGCAAAACCACCAGAUCACUGAAAGUUAGAACAGUCAGCAAUUCCAUCUGGAAAGAUCCCUCCAAAUUAAACUCUUUGCCCCAGACUUGCUAAGGGUCUGCUUUCUGGGGCCAUUCGGUACGGUGGUCAAGGGUUGCGUCCUCUCCUCAAUAUAAUCCUUUACAUUUUGUACAUUUUACGGUCUGAACAUUGUGCCUGGCUGCACCUGACACAUCAGUUUGAAUGUAGUGAGAAUAUAAAUGUUGACUUUAGAAAGGGCAGAGCAAGUAAAGUACGCUUCCAAUGCUUGCUUUUAUUUGUUAGCGUCCCAUAAAUGACAUCUUAAUUUUUGCUCUUUCUGUGAAGGUGUUGCUGCAUUAAUGGGACUUUUAACCUCCCCACUCCUUAAUAAAUAACUGAGCACAGUAUUUAAACUUUGUGUAGGAUAUUAUUGUAAAACUGGGACAAUUUAAUCCCUGCACUCUUCACAAAAUUUAAAUAAUCUGUCCUUUUAUAUAACUCGGGGGUGUUUAGUGACCUGUCUCACGUUCUGCACAAUGCAAAGCUUUAUUCACUAAAUGGUCAAUGAUCUGGAAUUCAACAGGGAAUGCAAGUUUUAGGCUAGAGUAGCCAGAUUGAAAAUUCUCCAUCUCUACUAAACUUUGCAAUUCCCUGGUGAAUUCCAGCCAGUUCAUGGUUUAUUGAAUGCAUGUCUCAGCAGGAUUUGACAUCUCUGAUCUCUUUAGAAUAAUUUUGUAAUUCAUACAAUCUGGGGUUUUACACUCCAAAAGCCACUAAUGCACAUUGGCAAGCCUCGAAUGUGAUGUAAUAUUAUAGAAUGCCAACGUAUUGUGCAGCACUUUACAAAUAUUGAAAGAUAAAAAGAAGGCCCCUUGCACACAAUCUAGAUCUGUUUUCUUAAUUUGCUUUUAGGGAUGGUAGCCAGAUUCUAAACUAGUGUUAAGGUUUCAUGCCCAGAUGUAUGUAAAAUGAGUGGGGAACCAUCAUAGGCUGAGCAAUUACAAAGUGUUAGAAUGAUGGAAGGGUCUCAUACAUGGAACACAUGUGGAUUGGGAAUUAGAAAUAAAAAUACAAUACAUGGAAAAAUGGCUACAGAAUAAUUCUGAACGUUAGACUGGAGUGAUCUCCCAGCUAGAUGUAGCUAUCUAGCAAUAUAGAGGCUGCAUAUGGUGUAAUAUAGCAUGGGGCCAAUAAGGUUCUCUCCUUCUAAUCCUGGUCCACUUUCAUGUAGACUUGUGUAAAUGCAUUCACUAUUAAACUAUAUUGCACAUUUUGCAGUUUCCUUGUUUUACACAUCCUAAAGUUACUGAAAAUAUGAAGACCUGUUUAAGUAGAUAUACCCCUGUUGGAGAGACGAGCCUGAAUUUCUAGUAUUGGCCCCAUACUAUAUUACACCAUAUGCAGUCUCUCUAUAUUGCUAUAUCUCCAUCUAUAGCUGGGAGAUACUCCAGUCAAAAUUAUUCUUUAGCCCUUUUUCCACAUUGUAUUUUUUUCCUUGCUACAUUCCCAAUUCCCAUGGGUUUUAUGUACAACACCCUUCUAUCGUUAUUUAUUUGUAUAUAAAAUUAGUAACUUGGCCUUACUGGGAAUUAAAUCUGCAGCCUUGAUGUUUGAAUAGGUACUGGCAGUGGUGCAGUAAUGGCCUGUACUAGGGUUAGGAUGAUCAUCAGUUGCACCGUUUUAUUAGAGCUGAUAUUCAGCAUUUUACUGAUCAAUAUCCGCAUUGUAGUUACCGAUAUUACAAAUAAUUUGCCUCUCCCAAUUACCACACUCUGCCUUCUGCAUCCAGAAACUCUAGCGGUCAGCAAAUGAUGCGUUGUGACCUCAUGUCACACCUUUUUGUGAGUUCCUGCAUGUGAAGCUCAGAUGGAGGGAGGUGAGACUGUGAAUAAUCUAGUGGAAUGUACUGGACUGGCUGACAGUGAUAGGAGUGUGUAAUGUACUGGACUGGCUGACCAUUCGAUUAGUGGGUUAUUUCAAACUGUUGGAUUGCUGCAGAGGAUUACUCCCACCGUUAUUGUAGACCAAUAUUCCCCCAUAAUCUGCCCAGAACGAUAAUAAAUAUCCCUUGCUGAAAGUGACUUGUUAAUGAGCUCACAGUGCCUCUAGGCCAGCGAGGGCAAUCUCUGGCACUGCAACUAUUGUGAACUACAGUUCCCAUAAGGUUCCACAUAGCUGAACUUGGGUAGUGAUUUAUUUUCUUGACUAGUACUGUUUUACUUUCUUGUUAUUUUAAGGUUUUUCUGGCUGUGUCUCCAAGUGAAACCUAACCUGUAGAAUGCCCUCUGUCUGUAAUACCUGGGUGCAGCUGAUUUUUAAAGCAGGGGUGGGGACACAGCCUCUCUCCAUGUACAGACAUGUUGCUGUUCUAUCGCUCGCCUCUUAUCUGUCAGACAGGUAAAACACACUCUGUAAUCACACCUGAUCAGCCUGUCGUCCCAGGUUCCAAGCUCACUGCAGCCAUAUUAGUAUCUCGCCCAUACUGUAACACUAAAUGAAAAUAAAGACAAGUGGUGCUAAUCUGUCUGUAGGCCUGCUAGGGUGUCUGAGCUUGUUUUGGACGUAGAAGGCUCGUUACACUAUGCAACAUCCUAUGUAACAGAAUAGUUAUCCUCCGUUUUAUUGUUUCAGUUCCUGUAUCUCCAUAGUGAAUCAGUCUCCUGUGUGGAUGUAAAAUCUUAUCCAUCAAUCCCUUCCAUUAUUAAUCAGAGAUUGGAAGCUUGUUUGAAUAGGGCCUUCUUUACCGCUAGUUUCAUAUUCUGAAUGUCCAAUAUCUAUCAGUUAUCCCCGUGCUAUAGCAUAUGUAAGCGCAAUAAAAUAGUACAGGAAUUAUGGCGAGGGAGCGUGCUAGUUUUUCAGGUCCUGCCAGAUCAUCUUGGCAUCUGAUUGAGGCGACUGUGCUGUCUGUCCAGUCAGAAAAAUGUGACCGUGAUGGCAGUGUGUAACCUCAUAUCUCCUGACAGCAGUAAAUAGAGCUGAAACUGGGGGCUGGGAGUAUACCAUCUUCUGCCAUGCCCUGGUAGCCUGGGAAAUGGCUUUCUGCCUGAUAGUGGGCUCAGAUGAAGUAGAAGUAAUUCUCUUGCACAGAUGAAUUUGAAGUUCUGUGCUGUCUGUAAAAUGCCUUGUAGCAGCCGUCACAUGGAGUGAAUGAGGCCUGCUGCACCUGUUGUGGACUCUGUUAGCAGGGCUGUGAUCCUGCACCCGGGCGGUGGUGGCAAUGCUGAACUAUGGGGCCAGAGUGACUUAGUGCUCUGGAAUGGCCAAACAUUACAUGUCCAGGUGUCUGUUUGCAAUGCAAAUCCUGAAGCCGCCUUCUGCCAGGCCAUCCUUAUUUUAUUCCUGCCCAGUGACAGGCAAGGCCCUGCCCUUGUCCUGUUUCAGGCAUGCUAAUAGUUUAUCAUCCACCUCCCCCACCCGUCCUUCAUCCUGUCUCUGCAGACUGCUCUCAUCUGGGAAGGGACUGCUUGUGAUUCGGAUGUCCUGAGCUUCCUUGUUUUAGGACUCUCAUAAACACACUGAUUGCUUUCAAUGGCCUCUCAGCACUCUUCUUUGCCACUUAUUAAACAAGUGAUGUCAUCAUCACAGAUAUCUCUAAACGUGUCCUGCUCACUUUAUAUUUAAAACCCUGAACAGUUAACAAAAUUUCCAGCACUCGCCCCAAAAACUGGCUAAAUGGCAGCCCCCACCGCUGUCUGUAAUGUACACAAUAGAAUACACAAACUUUAAAUGGGGUCACCAGAAUUGGGCUCAGACUGCUUCCGUGCUGCUCAGUGGAAGGAGUCGGUGUUGGCUUGGCAAGUUUCUGAGCUGCAGAGACGUGAAGUAUGUUUGGGUUGGGAUUUUACUCCGGUUUCCUUCAAAUACUCCAUGUACACAUUUCCUGCUGCUGCUACCAUGUAAGAUCAAGCUAUGGAAAUUCUCUUCAUUCUUUACCCUUAUUAGGCAUUUGUAAACUUUUGAAGUUUUUGUUGAGGAAAUUCUUUCCCGUGUUGAUAUCACCCGUGUUUAUUCACACACGUGUUGUAUGCAGAAGACUGCUUCCCCAUCUUUAUUAAUGCUUUCCUUGAACCUGCCAUGGCAUUAACACAGGGUCUCAAAGGUUUCCAAAAUCCGUGCCAAAUAUGGAGCGUCUGGAGUGCCUUCCCAUACCCCCCUCAAUGCUUGUCUAAACUUAGCAGCUGUGGAAUUUCUACUGCUUAAAAAUGGAUUAUGCACAAAAUAACGAAACUGAAGUGCAGGACUGCUGAAUGCAGUUGUCUGUGCAAAUGAAAGUUGGAGGAAUUAUUGCCACGCAGGGCUGCCCUACGUGUUAGGAACUGACUUGACCAGGCUGAACUUGUAACAAUUUCCCAGAGCAGCAAAAUGCUGUAAGCUGAUGCUCUCAGUGCAUUGGCCUCAGCAACUAGGCUUGAGAGAGGGUUUGGGUAUCGCUCAUUGUGAUCAGUCUGACCGCAUAGGUUGCAAACGGCUCAAGGAGCAGCCACUAGUUUUUUCCCUACCUACAGGGCAGUAAUAAAGGGCUAUAAAUAUUUUAUGAUUUAAAAUAUUCCGAUCAUUUAAUUUUCUGAGCACGGCUCACUGCCCUCAGUGGCUUGGCUACACUUGUAUUCAAAAGAUUAGUACAGGUGUGUUAGACCAGGGAUUCAAUGGACUACUUUAGUUGCUACUGGCUUGUCCAUGGCGUGCGGUAUAAAACACGGAAUAUUUAGUCAUGACUCCUGAGCUUUGGGUUUUCCCUUCUAGCAGUUGUACUAUUGUAAGACCUCUGUAAAAGGCUGUGCUUUGUUCCAUCCUCAGAAUAAGGGUGGAUGUCCACACCCGCUCAGUCUCUAUUGAUGCUAAGGGCCAAAGUGCUCCUAUGUAAUUGCAAUGAUAGCAGUUACCUAAUACCAUAUUAGCCAAGUCUGUGUAACCUGGCAAUAGUGAAACAUUCCAGACUUAUUGCCAAACUUUGUGAAACUUCCUGCCUUGUAACUGCUUACACUGCGCUCUCCGGCCAUCUUAGGCUUGGUAUGGCUGCAUCCAGGCCUCACAUGUCCUGUUAUAUCGAACGCACAGCUCUGGAUCAGUAUUGGGGGGGUGGGGUUGAAGUGCUCUCCUCUUAUAUCCAAAUCCCAUGCUGUAAAAUGUCAACAAUUCUUUUUACUCAGAUUGAAUUGUUUUUUCAAACUCCCACAAUAUGAACCAUUAUAUCCUUUCUACUCCAUGUCAGUUGCAAUCUAUAAAUCCAGUUUGCCUUAUAAUAAAUCUUUGAUAUCUAAUCUCAGUUGAACCAGGGAUAUAAUUCUCUACUCUUAGGGAUGCUGUAAUUUGCUAUAAAAGGCCCACUGCAAGAAUAUGGUGGCUAAGUAUGGCACGUUGGCUAUUUCUGAACAAUGUGACGUUGAGCAGUAAAAAUUGUGGUGGGUAGGCUAUACCUAGAUGUUUCCACGGUUACUCAGAGCCCAGUGGCAUGCUUCUAGCCUUGCAUUUUGUCUGUUAUGUAGACGUUUCUGUAAAUGCAUUCAAAACAUGUGGAACUUCUAGAGGAGGUUUAUGAAUGUGUUUCAGAGUAUUCAAUGUCCUUUCAGUAACUAAGCAAUGACCCUGAACAGGAAUUUCAGUGGGACUGACAGCCUGGCAUGUGCUGUCGUGCUUAAAACCUCAGAAAUCUGACUGUGGAAGAAUAUUUUCCCUCUCCUGUGUGGCGGGUAAUUUGUGUAGCUUGACAGGCUUUCUGCUCCUUGUACCCACAUUCCAUGAUGGAGCUUUAGAUUCGCUGUUCAGCAUAAAAUGCUUCUUUUAGCCCAGAGAAAAUGCUUUAGAUUUGACUUUAACUCUUGCUCUGCAUGCCAGUCCCGGAAACUCUAUGCUUGGCAGGAAAUCUUUCUGAUAGAGUAUCAGUUCCUGUAAGAUUACUGCGCGCACUCUUACUGAAAAGUGUUUGCUUGUCACAGUAAUCUGAUAUAGACCUUCUACGGUGCUAUUUAUUCCCCUUCGGGCUGCUAAGUGGUUAACUGGCUGUGUGGGAGCCAGCCUUUUGUAUACAACUUCUGUUAAAGCAGUUGUGUUGUAACAUUGUCCUUCGUUCUCUGGCCGCCUUCCUGUCCGAUGUCAGCUUGUUUCACUGUUUAAAAUUCCUGAUGUCGUGAAAGGUUUAGUUGGAUAUUUAUUGCUUGAUGUGCGGAGUUACUGGAUCCUGUCCCAGUCAGGAAAUGCUCAGUCUAUCUGCCUUACUGUGCCUUCCUCUGCUUGUUCUGUAGAGUCUCAUUAACUCCUAAAUCUGAGCAGAGCCAUACUUCAUUGGCCACCAAAAGGUUACUGAUGGCACAUAAACUUUGCCAGGCUGAUUAAUAUGAUUGAUUUUCUAAACAUGGCUAUUUUUAGAUAAGCGCACAUGCCUGGGCAUAGGCAUACCUCCUAUAAUGUCACCUGGUGAUUCUUUCAAUGGAAAGAUGUUCUGUGAGGGCGUUGGAUAAUCCCGUAACCUGGAGUAGUGACCUGCUGCCAUCUGCCCUGCUUUCUAAAUGUAGGAGUCGCACCUAGAUUUAUGGCUUUUCUAGUGUUUGUGGACCUGUGACCUGGAAGCAACGUUUCAUUAGAGCGUGGGAUGCUUCUUGUCAGAAUGUGGUUUACUCUAAUCUAAUCCAUUUUGACCUCUUCCUUGGUUUUUCAUUUAACGGCUGCCGUUACUGGCCUUAAUUAGUGUUCUGUGUAUAUAUAUCCCAGGAUACAGAGAGCUCGUAUGUACUGAAUGGGACCUUAAACAGAAGUGUUAUAUGGUCUCUCUACAUGUGCUGUACACAUUCUUUACAUCUCAAUGCAGAGGAUUGUACUCUGAAGCUUUUGUGUGUAUUGCAACUUGACUCCUGCAGAUACUAGUUCACCCUCUCUGUCCAUUUUCCCCCCUUAUACAAGCUUUGUUUGAGUAAUGGACUGGUAAAUGUUCUAAGUCCUCCACGUUUUUGGUGUCACAUGUCUCACAAUUCAGUAAGCCAAUUUGUUACAAAAACCUUGAACUCUGUUAAAUCUUUCUACCAAGCCAGCCAUGCAUAAUGUUCUCUCUCAGCCCCUCUGAACACCCUGUUUCCCCCGCCACCCCCUCUUUUUUUAGCUUCUGGGACUUUUGUCAGCUACAGAUGCACAGAAGGUGAGGAGAAUCACAUUUUGAUGUGAUUCCAGUGUUAAGAGCUCUCUCUGCUUAUGGAGUGACGGUGUAAAUGCCCCCUAACCAUUUUAAAUAUUGCCCUUAGUCAUCGCAAGGUAGUAUAGAACAGCUUCUGCUCAGUGACAGGAAAUUUAAACUUUUCCCCUGGGUUUCUGGCAAUAUAACUGGUUCUUAAUGGGUUAAACGCUGAGAUCCUGCCCUAUUAAUAAUGGGGAGACUGUAGCUUCCUUUUAUAGAGGUGCCUGCAGCUAUACAUUUUUGUAUAUUUAUUAGUAAACUUGCUGCUAUUCUAUUACCCAGUGUGUGGAUUUCAGCGGGUGUUAGCAUUAAAGAAACAAAACCAGUCAUGCUGACCCAUCAGAACUAAGCCUUCACACAAACCUUUCUUUCAAAAGGCCCUGUGCCAUCAUCUCUAGGGCAUUCUCUGACCAGACUGAACCAAGCUGCAUGGGCUGUAUCAUCAAAGAUAUGGAAAGUGGGUAUCGCUGUGUCCUUAAGAUUAGGAGCUUUGUAACAGCCCAGUUUUCCCCCUAACCCCCAGUUUACACUUCCAUGGGAAUUCUGGCCAGAUGAAUAGCUGAUUAAAGGACCAGCCUAUGUCACAUUCCUCAUGGCUGAGAUAAUGGCAGGCCCGAUGAUUGGCCAGUGGCAGGGGCGGAGCCACUCAUUCAGAACUCUACCUGACAUGGCAUCUUGCAGGAGUGGCGGCAGGGGAGACAUUACUGGGCUACAGGCACAAUGUGAUUCUCCCCUAUCCUAGUCUAUUUAAUGGACACUAAUUGCUUCCGUUUGGCCUUUAAUUAGCAGCUGUCUACAGCACUGUUUAAUGAUAGAACUAUCCACAUGACAAUGGAGUAUAGCUGAUCUAAAUGCAGAUAGCCAUGCAUACUCUUAAUGAGGGCUGAAUGGAGAUCAGAUGCUGUUUAGGGACAGGCUGGAAAAGGUGUGUAAUCUAUUAAACAUCUCAAAACAGUUUUCCUAAUACUCUGCAAUCCUCUUGCAUAUCGUCAGGCACUGCUCUUAGGAUAAUUUAUACGCAGGGCCCGUUCUUUCCGGAGCCCUGAUUGUACUGUGCAUUGACUGAGUAGCCAGUUAGACAGUAAAAAGGGUCUGUUGGGUGUGUCUGUGUGUUUGCAUUAGUUUAGCAGGCAAGUCUUUGCAUACAUCAACCUGGGCGUGUGCAGAAGAGAAUGCUGGUUAUUCCUGCAGCAUUCCUCAGGUACUAUACUCACCUGUAUGCUCUCAAGGACACCACCUUACCAGUGCUGUAUUGCAUAUCUCACACCAUGACGUGGAAGGUGUUGGAAUGCAAGGAAUUGGGCUAUUUACGUGGAUUUAAUGGGCUAGGCUCAGUGAUGAGCAGGUAAAACAAUAGAAACUUCUAAAUUGUGGGUGAAAGAACUUGCCAGCAUAGUGUGAGUAACCUCAUCCACCCCAUGUGAACAGGUGUUCUUUAAAAAUGUCCUCAUUCCUUCAUGUUAAUCCAGGUGUAGCAAUAGAGGAAACACUAGGAACAGGUGUGAUCGUAGAGGCCGGAGGCCCCCUAGUGGCCAUAUAAGUGCCAACAGCAGGUGUGUCACUACUACAGUUAUAACCUCAUUGCUUGUACGUCUUGUGUCUGGAGUUGCUGUUUUGCAUGCAUGUUUUUGUGAUAAUUCACCUGUGUGUGUGUGUGAUGCAUGCACUGUUGAGAAGUACAAAUGAAAGCCCCAUCUAUUAUCUGACACUGAAUAAAUGGAGUACACAGGGGCGAGCUGCUGUGAGUCUAGCAAUCAGGAAAUGAGCCAGACCUGUUCUAGCUUUUAAGCGGACUUCUCAUUUGUGCUCUGAAAACCUUUGGGCUGGCUGGUGUCAUGAGCAACACAGAAACCCUUCCACACACUUUCUGAACACAUUUGUACAAUAAAGCUUCACAUUCUUGUGAGUCAUUACUGUUAGAGAGCUGUAUGAGCACCUUACUAACUGGCCAAUACAUCUGGGUAUUCAUAGGAAACCUUCUGGCCACUAUUGCAGUUACUGAAUAUUUCCAACUCUAUGAUUUUGGCAUAAAACUUGCAGUUUUGUCUGUUUUCCACAAUUCAGUUUAGUGAAUAACCAUGUGAUGCUGGAUUUCAUGCGGUCGUCACUUUAUUUUUUUUGAGCUCCUUAUCCAUGUGGGGUGACACUGUGUCAGCUUUGACUUUUCAUUCUCCCCACAGACAUUCACUGCUUGGUGUAACUCCCACUUACGCAAGGCUGGCACUCAGAUAGAAGACAUCGAUGAGGAUUUUCGUGAUGGGUUGAAGCUCAUGCUUCUGCUGGAAGUCAUUUCAGGUGAACGGAGUAGUUGGUAAAAAGGGCAUGGAGCACAGAAGUGACAUGCUCAGUUUAUAAAUCUGGGGAACUUUUUACAAAUGUACUUUAUAUAUUGUAGGGGCACGUCUUCCAAAGCCAGAGCGAGGGAAAAUGAGGGUUCACAAGAUUAAUAACGUUAACAAGGCCUUGGACUUCAUCGCAAGCAAAGGUGUGAAGCUGGUGUCUAUUGGGGCAGAAGGUGAGUUGGCAUAGCCUGCUUAAGUGAUGGACAGGUUGCCUCUAUAUUCAGAUUGGAAAUGUGUACCUCUGGGAAGGAGUUUGUCCGUGUGCGGCUGAGGGUGUUACUCUACGUAGACUGCUGUGAGGAACCAUUUGUAUCUGCUGGGAAAGGCACACUAUAGAGGAUGGGAAACCUUUAUCUGUAUCUCAAUCCAGUAAAUUACUUGCAAUAAAGAAUAUGGAGGCAGAAUCUGCUUAUCAUAAAAAAAAUCAAACCUCGAACUACAUUUUUUACUCCUAAGCUCAACCAGCACUAGAAGUGUUAAUGGAGUACUCUAAGCACCGAAAGCACUACAUCUUAAAUGGACACUAUAUGCAUUGUAACCACUUCAUGUCAUUGAAAUGGUUAUAGGGUCUUGAGUUCCCUGGCACUGUCCUUCUGUUAAGUGAUUGCUGAGCUGCUUGAAAUAGUUUUACUUAAUGCAGGGACGAUGCCUAGGGACUCCAGGCACUAUAACCAACACUAGUGAAUUGACAUGGCAGUGGCUGCUGGUUUGUAAGAUUUGAUGGAUUUGAUAUUUUUCUGUCUAUAGAUGGUCCUCUCACAAGCAGUGAGCCCUUCAAUCAUUGUACUUUGCUCUCUUUUUAGAAAUCGUUGAUGGCAAUUCAAAGAUGACUCUAGGAAUGAUCUGGACAAUUAUUCUUCGUUUUGCAAUUCAAGAUAUCUCUGUUGAAGGUAUGUGUAAAAUUAGACAACACUGUGCUCCUGCUCCCUCUCCCCACCUGAAAAAAAACUCUUAUUUUGCUUAAAUUCUCUUUUUUCAGAGACCUCUGCAAAGGAAGGCUUGCUGCUGUGGUGCCAGAGGAAGACUGCCCCAUACAAGAAUGUCAAUGUCCAGAACUUCCACAUAAGGUAAACCACGUUGUACAUUGGCCUUUAACUGUCAUGAUUUCUCACACCCUGUAUUUACCAUAACCAUUGCAUUACAGCUGGAAGGAUGGAUUGGCUUUCAAUGCAUUGAUCCACAGACAUCGGCCUGAACUGAUAGAAUACGAUAAACUCAGAAAGGUAAGCCUCAGCGUCUUCUUCCACUGACUGCUGGUGGCCCAUUCUGCUGCCCCCUGACUGCUUCCUGUUUUGUCGUUUCCUUCUCUAGGAUGACCCAGUUACCAAUCUGAACAAUGCCUUUGAAGUGGCUGAGAAGUAUCUUGAUAUCCCCAAGAUGUUGGAUGCUGAAGGUGAGCAGUGAUCGUUGUGAUCUUGACACUGAUUUCAUUGAGCAGGUCUGGAGGCCACAAAAUGACUUAUGAAUGUGAUUCAUGGAACCUCUACACCUCCUGGAUUAACUGCUGAUCCCCUUGCAGAUGCAAACGGGAGAAUUGCCAAUUUUAGUUUGAAUAGAAAAUCUAUGUAUCUACUUUUUUAGAUUCCAACCCAUCUACACACUGCAUACUCCUUGCUCUUAUUUCAUCUCCUCAGCGUGCUCUGCAGGUAGGAAUACAAAAAACAAGCCUGUUUUUAGAGCACGGUGCAUAUUGAUAAUGAGUAUCAUGGGUGUCUCUUAAGAUCAACCCAUGUAACCCGUAAUUGACUCUAUUUGCAAAAUCAUUUAAGUCUCUGAAUACUGCAAAGACUCUGCUCAGGUCCCGAGAUCAGUCUUGUGAUUUUCCUGAAUAACAUUGCAAUGGGGAUCACCUUCCUCUGUUUUCCAUGUCUCAAUAUAUCUCCUUCAUUUCCAGACAUUGUCAACACCGCUCGUCCUGAUGAGAAGGCAAUCAUGACCUAUGUGUCUUCUUUCUACCACGCCUUCUCUGGAGCCCAGAAGGUAGCGUUCUGGGGUGGCCUGCAGUGCCUUCACCCGUCUCCUCUGUCCUUCGCAUGUCUCACCUCCUGCUUCUCUUACAGCUGCCUGGCAUGCUCUCAGCUCGCUGUGUGUCUGGACUCCUGAGUGGGGGUCCUCAGUGUGUUUACUAAACCUUCCUCCCCACCCAUGUUUUUUGGGAAGAGUCACUAGCUACUUCAUAACCCCCCUCACUUUUCCUGACACAGACUGAGAUUUGAGAGGUGCAAAUCUGGGAUUGGAUGCCCCUCCUCUGCCUCCUGGCUUACACUGUUCCCUCUCACUCUGCCUUUGUCUUUUUUUUUCCUCUCUCCUUUUCUCUGUGCAGACAUAGUAGGCACUCUCAGGCCUGAUGAGAAGGCCAUAAUGACCUACGUUUCCUGCUUCUACCACGCUUUCUCUGGGGCUCUGAAGGUGAGCUGCGGCUUUCAGCAUCUUAUGGCCCAAGUGCUGUUUCUCUUUGAUCAUUCACUGGAUUGCUCCCUUAAUAACAUCCUAUACUGAUGGAGGAAUAAAGCCCUUCAGUGAUUUAUCCUCUCUGUAAAAUCGCUCCACGUAUUUACUAUGCAUCUUGGCAGCAAAUGAAGGCACCCCCUUCUCCCCAAACCCUAUGAUUCUUUUUUUCCAGACUAUACCCCUGUAUAUAAAUCAAGGCAGUAAAACUUUUAGUAUAGAAAAAGCAUUUCUCUAUAGAAAAUGCUCAUGAAGUGUUGCUGCUUCGCACUUAUGAGGCAAUAGUAAAUGUCGGGACUGAAGUUUGAGCUGGUCAGGCUAUUAACCAAUCACAGCUGUAAAAAUCUGCUUAUUCAUAUUGAGUCUAGUCUUGGCCAAUCUCUUUCUUCAUCCUCACCACAGCAGCACCCGUGAUGACUUGUGCAGUAAAAGCCACAUAAUAUAUUGUAUCCAGUUUUGCAAUGUGCAGCACCAGGUUUCUGUGCACAGGCCCCCGUAUCUCAGCCUUCAAUCCAAAGGGGCUGGCUGCAAGAUUUCCCCCAGCAGAGGCGUAAUUAAAGAGUGCAUCAAGGGAUGAAUAAGCGCAAUAUAUUUAAUAGAAGGCUCUUCGUGUAGGUUUGAGGGUUUACUUGGAAUGUAUUGGUGCUACGGUUAAACUGUCUGCCUGUCCUUGUAAUAUGUUCCUUGAUUAGAGAAGCAAAUGUGUGCAAUGCAACCUGCAAUGGGUAUACUGCUUUGCUCUUCUCAGUGGCUUUGGAUGGCGAACAGUAUUCUUAGCUCCUUUAUCUUGGUCUGUUUGGUGCAUUUUGUGAAUUUCUUAUCAUGGUUCUUCUGUGUAGGCCGAGACUGCAGCUAACAGGAUCCGCAAGGUACUAGCUGUGAAUCAGGAGAAUGAGCACCUGAUGGAGGAUUACGAGAAGCUGGCUAGUGAUGUGAGUCUAUCCUUAGCACUUUAAAAUCUCCGGAUAACCGAUGCUCUAUUCACAGAUUAAUUUAUAUUCUCUACAUGAAUAAGGGACAGUUGGCACAGGCCUAGUUUAAAGAUUUUAUUAAAUGGUUUGCCAAAAGAAAAGGAAGAAAAAAACUCAGCAGAAUAAUCUUCAUUUGUUACUUUGCUGUUAUCUGCCACAAAGCCCUCCCCUCCUAUUUAGUGUAGAUUUACAGCAUCUUAUCAAUGCGAGGAACCCCCUCACCCACCUGAAGCAAUAUUUUCUGAACACUUCCGGCCCUUUAAGUGAAAUAUUGGGCUUCCUGACUUGUUACCCUGUACUGUACUCACCUAAUGCAGUUAGCAGUUUGUGCUUGGUCUCAGACAUACUCUCAAGUAGAAUAGUGGCAGACACAAGUAGCCCAUGACCUGUGUGCCUUGAAGAUUAGAGCAGCAUCAGAUCUGUUUCAAGAUCAGGGGUCAGGUUUGGGGGAUGUGCAGUAUUGGAUUCCUUGUGAUUGAGUUUAGUAAUCCUGUAAUUUGCCCCUUUUAGCUUCUUGAAUGGAUCCGUCGCACAAUUCCUUGGCUGGAAGACCGCGUGCCUGAGAAGACAAUGCAGGACAUGCAGCAAAAACUGGAGGAUUUCCGUGAAUAUCGCCGUGUGCACAAACCUCCCAAAGUACAAGAGAAAUGCCAGCUGGAGAUCAACUUCAACACCCUGCAGACCAAACUGAGACUUAGCAAUCGCCCUGCAUUCAUGCCGUCAGAAGGCAAGAUGGUGUCGGUGAGGAAUUGACACAAGUAGCAGGGUAGCAAUGCCAAUAUGCGGCUUGCUAAUUUUCCAUACAUGUAAACCGCAUGUUUGCCAAUCCUUCUCCCUUGUCUUCUUCCUCCACAGGACAUUAAUAAUGGCUGGCAGCAUUUGGAGCAAGCUGAGAAAGGCUAUGAGGAAUGGCUUUUAAAUGAGGUUCGCCGAUUGGAGAGACUUGAACAUUUGGCUGUGAAGUUUCAUCAAAAAGCAACAAUUCAUGAAAGCUGGACCGAUGGUAAGAGGUGGAGUUUGCUUCUUGGGGCCCGGAAAAACUGGGCUUUAAAUAGACUCUCCAUGAACAUUGCUGUAAAGGUUUUAUGUGUGAGGUACUGACGAAGAUUCCCAGAAUUCACUGCUAAGAGUCUAACUUGCUUGAAAGCGUGCUAGCCAGGCCUAACAUUCUUCAUUCACGAAGGAAAAUGGCAACAUCUGGACCAGAUUUGCAAUAUAAAGUCGAUGCUGUAAAGUUUGGAAUAUAUAACUGUAUUUUCAUACUGGUGGACACUAAUGGGGUUUAGCCAAUGGGUAAUUUAAAAGGAUUGUGUCAUGACCAGUAUAUGGCUCCUACUUUUCAUAUAUUUAUUGUAGCUUUGUACCAGGCUAAUAGUGAAUUAGAUAGCACAGUACAUCUUGGGUGUGAGACACCUGUGGUUAAGUAGAGUGAAAAAGAUAAGUUUGUUUGCGAUAGGCAUCCAGCAGUGGCCACUUAAGACUUUCUUGCACUGCAUUUCAAGACAUUGUCCUAGUUUGUGCUUUCAAAAUAUUUACUGAAUGUAGCGACUUUUUACUGAUGAUCCACUAAACUGGAAAAGCAUUGGGGGUUUUCAUUAGUGCACCCAUUAAACAGAAGAGGACCAGAACUGUAAGAAUAAUGUUCAGACCGGUCGUCUAGUCACAUGUAACCUCUGAAUGCAUUAAUUUUAGAGAUGGGACCAUCUAGUAGGAGAUAUAAAAGUGCUUUUUCUCGGCUCAUUCUCUGCAGGUAAGGAGGCUAUGCUAAAGCAGAAGGAUUAUGAGAGUGCCACCCUAGCUGACAUCAAGGCUCUCAUUCGCAAACACGAGGCUUUUGAGAGCGACUUGGCUGCGCACCAGGACAGAGUGGAACAAAUUGCUGCUAUUGCACAGGAGCUGAAGUGAGUAGUGUGAAGGAUAUUUUAACGGUCACAUUUGUCAGGUUUUCCUGGCACACUAGCUUCCCCCUCCAUCAAGGCAUUGUGACGUUUGGAAAACAAGAUCCUUGUUACCAUUAAUCUUUGCUACUGUGAACACUUGCCUGCUCUUCUUUAUAUACACUGAGACAGUUUUCAUUUUUGUUUGCUGCAGAUUUUACAAGUAUAGUACAUACACAUAGUACACAUUUCUCUAACAAGCUGACAUUACAAUAUACGUCAGUUUGUUUGUUUUUUUAUUUUUAUUUUUUGUUUUUUUUUUGCCCUGUAACAUAUGUUACACUCCAGAUGUGAUGGACUACAUCUCUCCUGAAGCUUUACCAGCAUUAUGGCUGUAAGAAAAUUACUGGAGCUUGAGUCCACAUCUGGAGUGCCGACAUUUGCCUAUUCCUGUAACUUGCUGGGAUUUGAGCUUUUCACAUUCUUUCUAUUUUGUGUAUUAAGAAUGGGGGAAAUUCAUUAAAAUGUUUAACUUUUUGCAUUUCUACACGUCCAUUUCACAGCUAGGCUAAACCUUCCUCAUACUGUGGCGACAGUGAGGAAUGAAGCCAGGGUCAAGUGAAACUCUGUUAAAUGGUUUGAAAAUAGUUUGCCAAUGGGAGGCAAGAUAAUGCCUGAUUGCCAGACUCCAUUCCUUUGUGAUGACGUUUUGGGUUCAGGGUGACCCUUUAAAUAUAGGGAAUUGUAAACCUGUUAAAAUCUGGGAAAUUACAGUUUGCUUUUAAAUUCCAAGGCCUGUUUAACUACCCCCAUCCCAGGAGUUCUGUAUUAGAUGUGUAGAGGGAUAUGGGAGUUGAAAGUAAGCUGUGUACUGAGGAGACUUGUUAAUUCAAUGAAGAAGAAUACUUCCAAUGACUGCAUGUUUUUUUUCCACACAGCGAGCUUGAUUAUUAUGACUCUCCCAACGUGAAUGCUCGCUGUCAGAAAAUUUGUGACCAGUGGGAUGUUUUGGGAUCGUUGACGCACACAAGAAGAGAAGCUCUGGAGGUGAGAAUGUGUCUUGGUGACCUAAGGAAGAAUUUGUUAUUCAUGCAGUGUUUUGGUUUGAGGAAAAUAUUUAGCUCCAUGUACGAUGGUUUGUUUUGAUGCGAUAUUCUUGUAGUAUAACACAUGUGACGCUUUCACAUGACUUUAGAAUGCAAUAAAAACUGGUAUAUGGUGUAAAAAAAAAAAACAGGCGACUCUAGGCAUGCACAUUACCUGCUUCAUUGAGUGGUGGGGUUAAAAAGCACUUCGCGCUACACUAAAUUUUUUUUGUUUUUCUUCUAAUAUAAAGCCACCAUCAGGGGAAUUUUAAAAAUGGGGAGUCUUGACGUACCCUGAACUAUUUGGAUUAAAAACACAAUAUAGCAGAGACCUCUAUGAAACCGCAGUACUAAUUUGGAAGUCUCUUCAGUAACAUGAUUCUUGUAUCAGACAAAAGCAGAAUUUAAUAAAGAAACAUUUAUUAUUAUCUAAAAUCGUAACAGUGCAUCCAAAUAUCAGUCAAAUUACACAAUUUUAGACAGAAUAUAAAGGAAGAAAUAAACAAACAAAAAAAUCUAAAUACUUCAGUGUACUAUAUAUGAUAUAUAUUUCAUACACAAUGCCUCCUAAUCAAAUUGCAUCUACAAACACUUCCCGAAAUUUUAAGUAAAAUGACCCUUCAUUGAACCUGAAAUUUAAAUUGAUACAUAAAGUGGUGUGUUUCUCAAUCUCUGGGUCCUAUCUGAUACCACCUCAGCCUUAGAACCAGACACCAAUUGUAAAUUCCUCCGAACAAUGUAAGUAAAAUGCAGUUUAAUGUUUGUUUCUAUCUUAUUGUAGCAAACAGAAAAGCAAUUGGAAGCCAUCGACCAGCUGUACCUGGAGUAUGCCAAGAGAGCAGCGCCCUUUAACAACUGGAUGGAAGGGGCCAUGGAAGAUCUUCAGGACAUGUUCAUUGUGCACACCAUUGAAGAGAUUGAGGUGAUGACAUGCUAACCAUGUACUUGUUUUGUUUUCCCACACACUGAUUGUAUGCACUAAAAUUGUUAAUUAACAAUUAACCAGAGAAUUGAAAAUUGUCUAAAAUAGCAGUUAAACCACUGCAAAAUUAUUUUGAAUUGCUCAGAAGCGGCUCUUGGUUUCAAUGUGAAUGUAAACUUUCUUCCAUUUUGAUCCUCAGGGUCUCAUUACAGCCCAUGAGCAGUUCAAGUCCACUCUUCCAGAUGCUGACCGUGAGAGAGAGGCUAUCCUUGGCAUCCAGAAUGAAGCCCAGAAGAUUGCAGAUUACAACCAUAUCAAGCUUGCCAGUGGGAAUCCUUACACCGCGGUCACACCGCAGACUAUCAACUCAAAGUGGGAAAAGGUAACUGCAAGAGGGUUCCACAUGCUUGACAAAACACCCUCCAUUUCAAGAUUUUACCACAUGUUCCUUUCUUCAGGUUCAGCAGCUUGUCCCAAGGAGAGAUAUUGCUUUGAAGACCGAGCAAGACAAGCAACAGUCAAAUGAGCGCUUGCGUCUCCAGUUUGCAAACCAGGCCAACGUAGUGGGACCAUGGCUACAGUCCAAAAUGGAGGUAAAUGCAGCACUUUUUUCAGCUUUUAUUUUUGAAGAUCCAUAUCACUAGUUGUAUUUUGUUCUGCGAUAAUUUUACAAAUCUGAAUUGUACAUAUUAAUGUUCUAUUAAAAUGACUGUAAAUCUUCAUUAAACCUCUUUAUCUAGUUUCAUUCAUUUAUUAAGCAAAUGUAUUUUACUGUGCGUGUUCCCUCCAUGACAUCUGCUCAUUUUACCAGUAUUGGAACUAUAAUCCAAGUUGUCUUAAAAGGAACAAAUAAUCAGAAUUCUCUGCUUUAGACAAAUAUUUAGCAAUUCUGGUUUUUACAGAAACUGACUAGCAUCAUUAAUUUAUCAGUCCUGGAUGAGGAAUGGCUCACUGUUAUAUGCUUGUUUUAUAAUGUAGUACUCGAUUCUAAAGAGCUGUGUCGUGGAACCUGCCUGCUUGGUGCACUCUGCUCGCAAGCUCCAGCAACCACUAUUGAAUUCUAUCAGAGUAUCCGGUUAAUUGUAUAGGAUCGAACUUCACUAAUUUAGCUUUUAAUAGCAACUUUCUACUCCCUGUCUUUUUUUUAUUUUUUUUUUAUUUUUUUUACUUGUCUCUUGCCAGGAGAUUGGCAGGAUUGCCAUUGAGAUGCAUGGUACCCUGGAGGAUCAGAUGACUCAUCUGAAGCAGUAUGAACAGAGCGUUGCCAACUACAAACCCAACAUUGACAAGCUGGAACAGCAGCACCAACUCAUCCAGGAAGCUCUGAUCUUUGACAACAAGCACACCAAUUACACCAUGGAGGUGAGCUUCCUAGCAAAGUAUAUGGCUCCAGGUCAAAAUAGUGGUCCAUGCUGGCCCUGAUUUAAUGCAGAGUAAAUGGGUUAAAUCUGUGAUUUAACCAUAAUCUUAAUAUCUCCAACAUCCUGAGCUCAAAGGCAAAAUGUUUAUUACAGACAAGUCUUUCUUUGUCAUAUUCUCAUAUCAGGCAUGGGCCUGACUUAAGUCCACCUGUACCUGCACGAAAGUGUGUGCUGCAUCAUUAAGGGGAGAUUUUUUUCUUUUCAGCACAUUAGAGUUGGUUGGGAGCAUCUACUUACCACUAUUGCACGAACUAUCAAUGAGGUGGAGAACCAGAUCCUAACCCGUGAUGCCAAAGGCAUUAGUCAGGAACAGAUGCACGAAUUCCGGGCAUCCUUCAACCACUUUGACAAGGUGAGAUGCAUGUUAUGUCUUCUCAGGUUACAGUGUUCAUACUCUGGUGUUCAUACUCUGGUGUAUUGACACUUUGGUAGGCUAUGGAUUAUCUUCUGUAAAACAUAAGGGAGUUUGUGGGGUUUGGGGAAAUACUUUUUCAAGCAGAUCACAACAAAUGCAUGAAUAUUAAAUUUUGAAUUCAUAGAGAAAGAUUCUUUAUAUUUGGCUGUUUGUGCUGCUCCUAGUGGUAGCUAUUUCAGUGUUAUUCUCUCUUUAUGUUGUCUAGUUCUAUGGGGGUAAAUAAGGCUUCUUCGGUAUCUCAGAUUUUCAAAGCCUUAAAUAGGGAGAGGUGCAACUUUGUAGUCAUUUAGGUGUUUGUGGAGUCAAUGGGCCCUGGGUCAGUGGUAGUUGGGGGAUUUCAUUGGUGUUUGUUUUUUUUCCAGAUAGCAAGAAGUAAUUCACUAUAUACAUGGAAGUGUAUUAGGAAUGACCUAAAUUUGUUUCCCUUUUUUUUUUUUUCAUCCCACCCUCAUGUCCUCUCCAUUUCCUCUGGGAGGUUAGCACUAUUUAGCAAUAAGACAUCACAGAGGAAAGGGUCCAUCUGUCCCUUGUCAUUGUGUCAUUUGUACAUUGUGUAACGUGUAUUUUUUUUUUUUAUUUCUCUUCUGUUUGUGUUCUGAUCGUCACCAUCAUGUCAUCUCAUGACUUGUGUCUCCGGAUCCAUCCUUCCCUUUCCCACCUUGUCCUGCCCAUCUCAGGACCAUACAGGUGCUCUGGGACCUGAAGAGUUCAAAGCCUGUCUCAUCAGUCUGGGAUAUGAUGUGGAGAAUGACAGACAGGUACCCAAAUUAGCCGUCUACUAGUUUCUUUCCUUUCUCUUGGCUGCUUAUUUUUCCCUAUUAUUUGCCUUUAACUCCUUUCAUGUGGACGCCAAAAUCACUGCUGGUUCUGUAACUGUUGUUACAUAUACAACAUUCCUGCUUGUAUAUGUAAAAAGUAAAAAUUUUUGUCUUGCUCACAUCCAUCCCACUGCAUUUUCUUCUUUCUCUUUGCUGUUGCUUUCUUCUGUGUCUGUCACUGUCUCUUGGAAAAGAAGAGAAUUGCUGCCCUGGAUGGGGAUGACUUCCGAGCUCUUCUUAUCUCUACGGGAUACAGCUUGGUAUGCGCAUCUCCACUUUGCCCUGUGAUUCACCUAACACCACUUAAAACUGCUGCCGACAUACCCUGUCUAAAUUGCCUCCUUAAUGGGCUGUUUGUCUUUAGGGAGACGCAGAGUUCAACAGAAUCAUGGCCAUCGUUGAUCCAAACAACUCUGGCAUGGUGACUUUCCAAGCAUUCAUAGACUUCAUGUCUCGGGAGACUACAGACACAGACACUGCUGACCAAGUCAUUGCCUCCUUCAAGGUGUUGGCUGGGGAUAAGGUGAGUGAAGGGCUAAGUCACCUUAUGUAUUUGCUGGAAGAAUUCUUACUGCCAAUGUCAUUCAUGCACUUUCUCUGUUUCAGAACUAUAUAACUGCAGCAGAGCUGCGCCGGGAGCUACCGCCAGAUCAAGCAGAGUAUUGUAUCGCUCGCAUGGCUCCCUAUCAGGGUCCUGAUGCAGUACCAGGAGCGUUGGAUUACAUGUCCUUUUCUACUGCCUUGUAUGGUGAAAGCGACCUGUGAGGGAACAGUAGGGAUAGGAUUGGGGGGGGUCUCUCUCUUUUGGUGAAGUGGCAAUCACCCCCUAUCAGCUAAUAAUGCCUUCCUAUGGCAUAGACUGAGCUCUGGAAGAGCAAGGGGAAUGUUGGGUUAUUCCAUGCCCCUAUCACCAAGGAGUAAUAGGGGGUCAUGUUAACUUUCAAUCCCUUUGCAGGGAGGGAGGAGGGUGCCAGACCGAUCCUCCCCCUCUUCAAAGCUAUCUAUGCAAUGGCUAAGGAGUAAGGGAUGCUUGCUCACACUGCUGGCACAUAUAUUGAGCUUCUGGAUAAUCUUUUCAUAUCUCACAUUCCUCCCCCACCCCCAAUCUCCCUUGGUUUAUUUAUUCCUGGUCCUUUCACACCUGAGUUUGGCAGAUUCCCAGUGCUAGAGCAGCUGGGGGUCUCAUACUGUGUUUGUCUGCCUCUUAUGAGGGCAGCGUUAUAAAUCUUCUGGAGGGCUCCACACUGCAGGCAGGGGAGAGAUCCAUUUUUAGUAUGCGUGCUUCCCUUGAGCAGUCUUAAAUAAAUAUUAAAUUAAUAGGGAAACACACAGGUCUGUCGGAAAAGGCAGCUAGUGUUCAUAUGCUCACAUCUGUUACAAACACUUCUGGGGCAUCUAAGGGAAGACCUUAUUGGCAGGACAGUUAGGCCAGCUAAAGAUCCCUAAAUAAUCAUGUUCCAGGAGGAGUGGAUAUGUGAUAUCGUGCACAUAUUCCCCAAAUGUUUUAUUAAACAGCCACUGUCCUACAACUACAUUCCUGUUGCAUUUUCUCUCGGAGGAUGGGAAUAUGCUGCAUGCUAUUUGGAGGAGCUCCAUUCUGUUUGGGGUGUUACCCCUCCUUUCUCCCACCCAACAAUUUCACUUUUGGCCCAUUUACAGAAUAAAUACUAUGCUAUGAAAUAUGUUCUCUCUCGAAGGACCAAAAAAGUAAAAUUAGAAGGGAAAAAAAAAAACUUUAAGAGGGUUACUAUUUACUUAAUUUAGGGGAUUUAUGAUAAAUAUAUAUAUAUAUUCACCUAGCAAAACAUAUAUUUGCAGUUUUUUUUCUUUAAAUAAAAGAUUGCUGAUUUUUGUCUGUAACAUUCCUUGUCUCACUUUUUAUACUGGCUGCCGUACAGGAGAGAGAGCUUGAGGGGCAGCAUCCUUCUGUCCAUUAUUCCUGCCUCUCCUUACACAACAAUAAAAGUGAUUAUUUUUAAGAUAGCUUCUGCUGUUUUGUCCUUUGUUACAGAUCUGACUUUAAACAUUGCCUCUGUAUGGGUAUAUUAUAUAUCUCACUUUUUACCUGUCAGUUACUCAGCAGUGUCUUCAGAAGACUAGCGUUCAGUACUGCCCAAUAUUAUAAAGCUACAUGAUUCCUUCUGGGCAACCGGGAUGACGUUCCCAUUAUUUCAUGUGUCACAAAAAUAACACUUGUACCAAAUGUUUUCUUAACCCCUUUAGGACACAGCUCCAGAAGCAAUUUUAGAAUUUUUGGCGGUUUGUUAAACCGCAGUUUGCGUCUCUCUUUUAUUAUACCAACACAUAUUAUAUA